AUGUCGCGCCAUAACAGUGUGGACCUAGACUCUCCCGAUCGGCCUUUCGACAACAUCAUCAAUUUCCGCGAUGUCGGCCGGUCGGUUAAUCAAUUUUGUCGCAAAGAGAUCUUAAAAGAAGGCGUGUUCUUUCGCAGUGCAAGGCUCGACGAUGCUUCAGAACGAGAUAAACGCCGUUUAGCGGAAGAAUUACACAUUCACACUGUCAUUGAUCUCCGUUCCCAAACAGAACACCAAAUGGGCACGCGCAAACGCCGAAGCGAAAAUGCCAAAUCAGAUCCAUCAACAAAUUCACCCUCGCCAUCCCCAUCACCAUUACCCACAGACCCAAUCCCAACAAACCCAGACGAACACCUCCUCCAAAUCCCCGGCUCAAAACGAGCUCUAAUAAGCCUAACCGGCAAAGGCUUCGAACGCGCCUUAAUAUCAAAAUUAGACUGGUUGACAUAUCUCAAAACAAUCGGCCUCGUAACAACCGGCUACCGCAGCGACGCCGUGCGUCUAGUCUGCGGGUCAGUAAUGCAACCGCGCGGCCUAACAGGUCUAGCGCAAGACACGCUAGAUUCCAGCAUGGGCGAGAUCCGCUCCGUAUUCGAGAUCCUGGCGUGCGAGGAAUCAUACCCGACAUUAGUGCACUGCACGCAGGGGAAGGACCGGACGGGUCUGGUUGUGUUGCUUAUGUUACUGCUUGUUGGGGGUGUGGUGCCGGUUGAGGCGAUUGUUGAUGAUUACAGUCGGUCUGAGCUGGAGCUUGUGUCGGAGUUUGACGAGAGGAUGGAGGAGAUUAGGGCUAUUGGGCUUGGGGAGGAUUAUACGCGUUGUCCGCCUGGUUUUGUUCGUGAUACGACCGAGUACCUUGAGAAUAGGUACGGGGGUGUUAGGGGGUAUUUGGAGAAGGUUGGGGUUGGGUAUGAGAUGCAGGAGAGGGUCAGAGUGAAGUUUAUGGCUUGA